GCGAAGCUGAGAAUUUCAGACGCUGGUGCCAUGCAUUGCUCGCUCGCUGGCGCAUGGAUGGCUCUGCCGGCUUGACCCUGGCGGCGCGCUUCAUCGCAGGUCGUGCAGAGGCCGAGGCCGAAUUGAAUAAAUCAGGACUUGGGCCUCUUGUGUCACAGGUCCUUGUCGCUGCAGAGCGUGGCCUCAUCUCAGAUGUGAGUGCAGCAGUGUUUCGGCUGGCCCGGAGCUGCUUGUUGCUGCCCUUGGCCCCACACAUGGCAGAGGUGGCGGCGGCGGCCUGCGCCUGCAUCGCCGGCUUGGCCGAGGAGGCUGAGGCAUCCAGCCACAUCUUGCGGGUCUUGGAGGAGCUCGCCAGAGACAUCGCGAUCUUCCAAGCUUUUGCCUACAGCUUCCUCUGGCGCACGGGGUUUGGAACUGGGGAAGGCCGUGAUGCUUUGACUACCCAGAUGCAGGUGUCGCUGGCCUCCGCUUUCGUUUGGCUGCUGAUUUCCUUUGGUCGCUCUGUGGGGUACCGUCGCUUGGAUGCGGCUACUUUGUGGGCAUGGACCAAUGGCGAUGCCUUGUACGCGUGCUUGCUGGCCAGAAGUGUAUUGAUGCUCCGUGAGUUGGCGAGUUCGGCCGCCCAUGAGCUGCUGGUCCCGCCAGACCUGGGUCUCCUGGAGCAAGCCGUGGUGCGGGCGGUGCUGGGCCUCGCCGGCCCCGACGUCGCUUUCGCCGGCGUCCAAGCGGAGGUGAGGUCUCCGCGGGGAUGCCUGGUGCGGCAUUGGGCGCGGCUGGCCAUCGCGGUCUGCGAGACUGGCCUGACGCCUGCGCUGUUGGAUGCUCCAGGUGCGCGACUGGCCAGCUUUUGCGCGAGGCUGCUCAACGAGGACGCCUGCGCUGCCGAGGAGGCCUCGCGCAUGGCAGCUGCCAUGUUUCGGGACGUCUUGGCGCAGUGCAGCGACAAGUUCUGGAGACUCUUACGUGCUGUGCCCCUCGAAGCAAGGCAGCGGAGCUUCCUCCGCGACUGCGCUGCGCUGGCGCUGGCGCUGCCGGGAUCCACGGAAUGCGCCGCACUGCUCGAGGAGACCGUGCAGGCCGCAGGCUCCGCGGCUCUGCCGGGGCUGUGCUGCGUAGCCAGCAAUGCGCAGCUGGGGCCCACGGAGGUGCCUCAGCUGUCCCACGUGCUGAUGGGCUUGACGGCGCAGGAGAAGCGUGUGGUGGCGUCGCAGCUGGAGAAGUGGACUUUGAGACGGGAUUCGGCGGCCUGGGGCUCUUUGCUGCGUGAUGAGCCGGUUGAGACCUCGCCCGUGGCGCCAUCACCGCCUCCGACACCGCUGGAUCCGUCCCAGCGCAAGGAGUUGGCGGUGGGGGGUCUGGAGGCUCUCUUGGUGGAUGCUCCGCCUGAGCUGUGCUGUUCUUUGGAUCAUCGGCUCGUUGCGGAUCCCGUUCGCUCGCCCUACGGCCACGUCUUCGACUCUGCCUCUUUGGCCUGCUGGUUGGCGCGGAACGAGCGCUGUCCCCACACCGGCCACCCUCUCGCCCUGGAGAUGUGUACCAGAGAGGACCAGCUGCGACGCUUGUCCCUGGACUACGUCAAACGCUGGGCUCGUGGCCUUCCGCCAUAGAAAUGCGAGCCAUGUGCCGGAGUGCAAUUUGCCUAGCUUGACACCUGCCGCCAUUUCAGCUCAGGCUUCAUUGUGUU